AUAUGGCCAAGGAGCCAGUGGAAGACACAGACCCAAGCACUUUAUCCUUUAACAUGUCAGACAAAUAUCCCAUUCAAGAUACCGGACUCCCUAAAGCUGAGGAGUGUGAUACAGUUGCUUUGAACUGCCCAUCAAAUUCUGAUAUGCAACAUCAGGGAGAAGAAAAUGGCUUUCCAGACAGUACCGGAGAUUCCCUUUCAGAUACCGGCAAGGACGAGUCCUGCAAAGAAAACUGUACCUGUUCCUCCUGCUCGCUCCGGGCCCCCACCAUCAGUGACUUGCUCAAUGAUCAGGAUGUCUUGGAUGUGAUCAGAAUAAAGCUGGAUCCGUGUCACCCAACGGUGAAAAACUGGAGGAAUUUUGCAAGCAAGUGGGGCAUGCCUUACGACGAGUUGUGCUUCCUGGAGCAGAGGCCACAGAGUCCCACCCUGGAGUUCCUGCUCCGAAACAGUCAGAGGACAGUGGGCCAGCUGAUGGAGCUCUGCCGGCUUUACCACAGGGCCGACGUGGAGAAGGUUCUGCGCAGGUGGGUGGACGAGGAGUGGCCCAAGAGGGAGCGCGGAGACCACGCCAGACACUUCUAGAGCUUUCUUCCUCGGCGGCCUCUCCAGGUGUUGAAACAACCACGGGUCAAGGAGGAAUGUGAAUCUGUUCUUUUUGCUAAGAGUUGAGGAACAGUGGACAGUGGUCUUUCCCAGAGCUGGUGGUUUCAAGGAGGGGGAGGUUUUGUUUGGUGGUGGAUAUUUGUGUGUUUGUUUUUGCACAUCUGUUUUAAUUUAAUAUUUGAAUCUGGAACUGCGAAAACAUGUUUUUUAGGCUUGGGUAGAAGCCAAGCCUACAGUCAGAAUGGGCUCAUGUCAUGAUGAAAAUAAAAGUAUCCUC